ACCGUUAAUAACUAGUAAAACACGUUAGGUGGGGGGAAAUUUCUGAUCACGUGAAAAUCGUGACUCUAAUGUCACCUGGAGCUUUUCUCACCAUUGUCUGGCUUGUUUGUUUCCUCUAAAAUGAACUUUUGGAGCUCUGUGUGCUGCUGCCUGCAGUCCCUGAGGAGGAGGAGGAGAGACAAUCUAUACUUCGACCACCAGAGUCUGCAAGAACAUCUCAUACACACCCUAACAUUCUUUUUCUCUCUUUCUUGUUCCCCCAGAUUCCCAGUGCAGAAGAAGUGGCUGUAUAACUGCACGUCGUAUUGGUGUGCCAGAUUUGGAUCAGCGCUUCAAUGACUUUGCAGAUACCUUCAACAAGCAGCAGGAGAACUAUGAGCGUAUGCGGGGAACGCUGAGAAAUUUGGAGUCCCGCUAUCGCUGUGACCCUGGCAGCGGUCUGUCCAAGUGCCUGCGGAAGAUCAAGGAACUGUAUGAUGACCACCGGAUCAGCCUGCAGAUGAAAGGCUACGACUUCAACCUAAUCGUGAUCCCGAAUGACCCGGUGCCCGACAGUCUGGAGCUGACGCAAGAGAACGUCAAGGAGCUGUGUCGAGCCGCCACAGCCAUCAUCGCGGUCGGCCCCAAGCUCGAGGAGAUGAUUGACUGGCUUUUGAAAUCAGAAGAGAGCCUGGCCCAGAAUGUGAAUAAGGCAGCGAAGACACACCAGGAAACUAAACGACUAGAGAGCAACUUCAGGGAGAAUCUGCGUGAGGCAUCGAGAGCUAAAGAGCUCAGUCCUCGCUACAGAAAAGAAGCCCAAAAACUGUUCAAAGAAGUGUCUCUGCUGUCCGGGGUCCAGACUUGAAUCAGUAAGGAUGCAAUAAAAGGGAAAAUAAUGUAGAA